UUCAACACAACUGUGUCACGUUUAGAAACUAGAUCAGUAGGUGGGAUAAUGUAGAGUUAUUAGAGGGGAGGGGGCCAUCCCAUCCGCCACCUACUGUUCCUGUUGCUCCUGCCUCAGUCCGUGAUACAACUGACAGCUCUGUACCACGCCUUGGUAGGCUACUGGCUAUAAUAGCAGUCAGCACUAAUUCUCGCAUAUUUGCCAACUGUCACAAUAGCAUAUUGUUGUUAACUACGACUGCGCAGAGAGGACGUCAAGUUUUUCUUGAGUCGGGAUGUAUUUCAGUCAAUGAACAGCAAUGAGAUUGUAGAAGCGCUUUAUUUCUUUCUUUGGUAAAACAUUUCUUUCUUUCUUUUUUUUUUACGGAGGAGCGACUUCAAACCUUUACCAUGCAUAAUGGACGAGUUCACAACCUCUUCGUUUAAAACUACCGGUUCCAAAUGGUUGCUUCCAGUCAGCGAUUUCUUUGGAUUCCCAUUGGAUCAGGUGAACUUCUUGGCAUGUCAGGUGUUUGCCCUUGGUGCCUCCUUCUGGUUCCGUCUUUACCUCAGCCCUCAGUUCUCCAGCCCCGUGGUCCGCCAUGCUGUCGCCACACUCUUUGGCCUCUCCUUGGUCAUAUUCUGUUUCGGCUGGUAUGCAGUCCAUAUCUCCGUCUUGGUGAUGGUUUGCUACAGGAUUCUGGUCACAGCUGAUAUCCACAACAUUCACAGGUAUACUAUGAUCACGGCCGUCAGCUACCUCGCAGUGUGUCAGGUGAGCAGAGUCUUCAUCUAUAACUAUGGGAUCCUCUCAACAGACUUCUCUGGGCCGUUGAUGAUAAUUACCCAGAAAACCACUAUGUUAGCUUUCCAAGUGCAUGAUGGUAUGUGUAAAAAGCGCGAGGACCUCACGGCCGAUCAGAGGCUCCAUGCUGUAGACUCCAAGCCGUCUCUGAUAGAAUACCUGAGCUACAACCUGAACUUCCUCAGUAUCCUGGUGGGACCCUGCAGUCACUAUAAGGACUACAUAGACUUUAUAGAGGGGAGACACGUUCAGAGGAGGCUGAGAAGGCUUUCUAGCUCCACCACUGGACAGAAUGGACAUGAUAAAGUCUCAGAGCUCUCACCUAUGGCUGCUGUCACACGUAAACUGCUGAUCUGUGGUGUGUGCAUGGUUUUGUUCCUGACCCUCACCAAAGCGUUCCCCGUCACAUAUAACGUUGACAGACAUUUCGACGAGGCACCUUUCCUGACCAGACUGACAUAUGCCUUCUUCUCUAUACAAGCUGCUAGACCCAAGUUCUACUUCGCCUGGACUUUAGCGGAUGCCAUCAACAACGCAGCAGGUUAUGGUUUUAAAGGUGUGGAUGAAGCUGGACAGGUGUCCUGGGACCUCAUCUCCAACAUCAGUAUCUGGGGGAUUGAGACAGCAACUAGCUUCAAGAAGUUCAUAGAUAACUGGAAUAUUCAGACUGGUGUUUGGCUCAAAACUGUGUGUUACGACCGUGCUCCCCGUUACCCCACAGCCCCGACCUUCACCCUGUCUCCUCUCUCUUCAGUGUGUGUUACGACCGUGCUCCCCGUUACCCCACAGCUCUGACCUUCAUCCUGUCAGCUCUAUGGCAUGGAGUUUACCCCGGAUACUACUUCACCUUUAUUACUGCUAUA